UCUCUCCUCUUUCGGUGUUUGUCCCCUCCAUUUAUAGUCUCUGAAAGUCUCUGACUCGGUCUUAGACUCAGAUUCAGCUGUGUGAGCUGUGCUAUUUCUCCUUUCCUUUUCAGCAUCUUUAAUUUUCCUCCUUCCCUUUCGACCUCCAUCGGUAAGCAACUCAAUCUCACCACAAAGUUGUUCGAUUUCCCUUUUUUUCCAUAUAUAUAUUUUUUGCACUUUGUUUUAACUAAAACGCCGUUAAACAAAAGAAGGAAAGAUGAAAUAGAUAUUUCUUUUUUGAUUAAUAAAGAGAGCAAUAAUGAGGUGCUGGAGUUUCCAAAAACAGGGAAAUUGUUUUUGCUUUUGCUUUUGCGGCUGAGAUUGAAACAUCAUUUUCUUCAUAUGUUCUACUUUUAUGUGAGCUUGUAUUAACUUUAGAGAGAAAAAAGGGUGGAUUUUUAAAGUUUUUCCCACUCUUGCUUCGUUAUUGUUCCUUCCCUUUUCUUGUUUUCUGGGGAAAUGGAAGAAAAGGAGUAACUUUUUUUGGGGGUUAAAACUUGAUAGGUUUCUUUUAUUCUCACCUUAUAUUUCUGGAAUGAAAUCUGAGUGGAAUUUAUCAAGUCUUUAAAAGGAAUAACGAUAUGAUUAAUUAUAUACAAAGAAGACCACAAAUACUUUCCGAAAAUUCAUUCUAAAAAAUACGUGUAUGGUAUUUGUUAUUUGGUUCUAAUGUUUCACUGUGGGGUUAAGCAAAUAAAAAAGGGUGGUUGUGGUAGCUGUGAGGUGUUUGAAUUUAUGGCAGAUUAGGGUUUCAUUGAAUUUUGCUUUGUCCAGUAGUUGAUAGGUUGUUGUGGGUCUCAUUCCGGGACUUACUUUGUAAAGAUUGCCCAGAUAAUUCAAUGCGAAUUAUGGAAGGCGUUCAAGCUGUUUUCGAGUAGCUCACUCGGUUAAAACGUGAUAUUUCUGGGAUUUUGGGGGGUUGAUAGACAAGGUAAAUUCUUCCCUGAAUUUUGGUAGUUGGAUUUACUGCGGAUGUUGGAUGUUGGAGGUUUAUGGAUCAGUUCAGUAGUAUGUUUUUACUCUGGGUUGAUGUGAUGCCAUCCAACUUAUUUACAAGAGUCGUAUUGAGAGACCGGUCUGCAUUAUGGUGUCUACGUGUUUGUGUUAGCAAUAAUGUAGGAGAAGAAAAGCUGUACUAAUAUUCUUAUUCAUAUUCCAAUGUCUAAUAUAUGACCUUUUUCUUUUUGUCUUUGCUUAAGUUGUCUAGUAUGCUUCUGAACGAUCGAGAUCGAUAUCUGGGUCGAAGAUUUGCUCUGCUUGAGGAAUGAUUGUUUGUUUAGUUGAACCUCUCUGCUAUUCCAGUAGUGAUUGUUUUGUUUAGGGGAUUUAACAAAUUUCUACUUUGUAACACUCUAGAUUUGAGAAACAGAGAGGAUUGGCUUUGAUGCUGUGAGAUUUACAGGAUAUUGUUCGAAUUAUUAUAUGAGUUCUAUGUCUCUGAUGGAGUGGAACACUAAAACCCCGUUGCAAUGGGAAUGGGAAAACCUAAUGAUGUUAAAUGCGACACCGACUGAACUUCCAAGGAAGCUAAUACCGGUAGAGUGGGAUAUCGAUGGAGAGGAAGGAAUGGAUUCUGGAUCUCUCUAUUCUUCUGGUGGUGCUGCUGGAGGUAGUGGUGUUUCUGGCUCGGAUUUGGACCUUGCUUCAUCAAAAAGUUUGAAAUCGGCAUCCAUUAAUUCUUCAUCUUUGGGAGAGGUAAAAGCAACCCGAUUUAGUUUGGAGGCUUUUGAAGCUAUCCCAGAUAAUGUUAGCAAAAAGAAAAAGGUGUCCAAGGUUGAGCACUCUGGCACCUCCCCAGUAUUUGAGGCUCCUGUUGGCUCUGGUGAGCCAUUACUCAGUUUAAAGCUCGGUAAGCAAACAUACUUCGAAGACGAUUUUUCAGGAAGCAAUGCGAAGCCUUCAUCAUAUUCUACAAAACACACACCAUCUCCUACCCCAGCAAAGAGAUCCAAACUCCAUUGUCAGCGUACACAUCUUCUUUGUUGCCAAGUUGAAGGCUGUAACCUCAACCUUUCUUCAGCUAAGGAUUACCAUCGGAAACACCGAGUCUGUGAAAGUCAUUCAAAGAGCCCUAAGGUCAUUAUAGGUGGUCUGGAACGUCGGUUCUGCCAGCAGUGUAGCAGGUUCCAUGGCCUGUCGGAGUUUGAUGAAAAGAGGCGAAGCUGCCGCCGGCGUCUUUCUGACCACAAUGCAAGGCGCCGCAAACCACAGACAGAAGCAGUCCACUUCAGUGCUGCCGGGCCAUUAUCUGCAGAAUAUGAUGGGAAACAACUGAUGAGUUUUGCCUGGAAUAAAGUGCCAUUUAUUCAUAAUGCUAGAAGGAAUGAAAAUUUUACGUGGGAAGGAACAUUCGACUCCCGGUCCUCUCAAUUGAAAGGUUAUGCAUCUAUGAAAGCCAGAAAUGUCAAUGUGCAGCUGCAACUGCCAGGCAAUCAGCCACUGAAUUCUAUGGCAACACGAUGUCAUGAUUCCACCGGCAUCGCCGAGGCUCUCAACCAAGGUAUAGAAGAAUCCACAACUGCAUCGAACAUGGGUACGACGCAAGAUCUUCAUCAUGCUCUCUCUCUUCUGUCAAAUGAGCGCUGGACUUCCUGUGAGGCGCCGAAACACGGUUCACUUUCCUACCCCAUGCAUGUUAAUGGUACCAGCGUGUCUCAGCCUACAACAAAUGCGAUUUCACAGAGUUUCUCUUUCCCACGUGCCUUAUCUGAAAACUGGCAGAUGGAACAACGAAGGACGGCUCAACCCUUAGUGCAGACAAACUUGCAAGGCGAUGGCGACAACCAUUUUCAAGAGUUCCAACUCGUUAGGGCUCCAUAUGAUGGCUUUUAUUCCGAUCAUAUUAAUUAACUGCCACAGAUUUCAAACCUCAAUUUUCAACUAGGUAAGGUUCACAUGUAGAAGAAAAGGUUUUUUACUGGUGUAGGACAUGCUACCCCCAUAUUUUGGAAUUCUUGAUUCUAUUUUAUUUUUAUCAAGUCAAAAUCACUCUAA